AUGCAGUUGCCAAGUUAAGAUCCCUUGUUCUAAACCAGGGAAGCUCUAUUGAGAAGAAUAUAAGAAGAACUUAGAGAUGAGCCAUGUGUUUCUAGACAGCACUACUAAGGAAAUACUUUCAGUGGAUCAGAUCACUAGAGUAUAGUAUCUGCUAGUAUACAUAAUUUAAAUGAGAGAUUCAAUAAUAAGGAGCCUAAUUUAUGGUCUGUUGAUAGCAAUCUUAACCUACUCGAAGACAGUAUUAAAUUCAAUAAUUCAUUGAAAGAAUUAGACAAUAUUAAGUAUAAAAAUGCUGGUUAAGCAAACUUGAUAAAUGAUGUUUCUAAUCUUUAACAAUCUAAGGACUCAGGAAAUGUUAUCACAAGCUAUAAAGAAAAUAAUUACAAAAGAAAUUCUUUAGAAGAUGAUAAGUUAAAAGAAAACGAUGGUGAAACUGAGUACUUGAUGGAUCUUAAAUUACUGUAAAGCCACUAAGAAUUAGAGAAAAUGCUGAGCCUGAAAAGAAAAGAUCUUAUAUAAUAAAGGAAUGGGCAUAAUGCAUUAUUUAAAACAGCAUAAUUUUAACAGAAUCACAACUAAGUCCUGGGAGAAGCCACAAAUACUCAAGUGAUAAGUGAAACUAGCAGCAAUAAAAUAAUUGAGUUUAAGUCACCUUCAUAAAAGGAUGUUAAAAGAGGCUCAUCUUUUAAUAGGUACUCUUCAAUGAAAGAAAAAGAGAAUGAUGAAUAUGAUGAGAGUCCUUACCAAGCCUUACCUUAGAUGGAGCAGUAACCAAAUUAGGACUACAGAUCAUUUUUGAAUUAAGAACUAGAAAGUAGCCAUCCUUUAUCUGAGUAAUCAAUGACAUAAAGUGAGACUGUUUCUUAACAAAGCAGAAAAUUUGUUAUCUCCUAUAGCAGAGCAAAUAAAAAAGAUUCAGUCAAAGUGAUUUAACAAGAAGACUAUACGCAUUUGAAUGAGACUUAGCCACAUUCAGUAAGUUCUAAAAACCAAAAUACUUCUUAAUAAAAAUCUUAGAAUGAGGAUAGCAUGUCUUAGUAAAAAACACUUAACAGAUAAAAGGAAUCUUAUGCUACGGUUUAAAAUCUCAAUCCGCCAUUACAAGUAAAAAUGAUUUAAGCACCUAAAAAAUCAGUUAGUAGAUAUGAUCAAUCAAAUUAAUCACACAGCAGAUUGACUUCUAAUAACAUAUCUAAGAAUACAAAUAUCAACGAUGAUACACCGUUCUUUAUCAAGUCUGGAUAGACAAGCUAUAGAACUUAAGAUAAUUAGGUUCCAUAGCAAUAGAGAGCUAGAAAUAAUAAUCGAAAAUCCAAUAUAACUCCUUCAACUACAGCUAUACUAAGCAAAAACAACUUAUUUCAGCAGGAUAUUCUCUCUCAAUCAUCAAUUUAUGACAAGACAGAUGAUGAUAUUAAUGGAAGUAUCAGUAAUAUAAUUAAUCACAUGGAAAUUAUUCCUGAUGAAGAUACUGUAAAAGCUGAGGAAUUAGUCCUUUAAUUACAUAAAUACAUAAAGCAAAAGUAGCAGGUUCCUCCAGAGUUGAAAUCCUAACUAUAAGUCUUCCAAGAGAAACUAUAAAGUAUGUUGAAAUAAUCUGAAAAUAAAAAGUAUGCUAAAUAAUUGCCAAUAAAAGUAAAGGAAGCAACUAAUAAACAGGCAAGCUCUAUUAAAAAAUAAAUAAGUUCUAAGGGUAGAAAUUAAAGUACUUUAGAUGUGCCUGAAUUUAUAAGUAAGACUCAGAAUUUACAAGCCUUGAACGAUUUUCUUAUUUAUUCUGAGGAUCUUAAGAAAUUUUGCUAGAAUAUAACUGCCAAAAAGCUGCAGAGCUAUUCAGCAUAGAUCAAUCCAUAGAAAUUAGAAGUUAAUAUGGGUCUCUCAUACCUUCUACUUUUUUCAAACUUUGAUAAUUAAAGCAUUAAGCUCACAGUUGAUAAGAAGUAACUGCUAGAUCGUAACUGGAAUCAAGUUUAAAAAUACUUUAGCAAUCAUGGUAGAGUAAUUUAAUAACUUAGGCUGAUUCAAUAGUAUCUUGACUAGGGUAGAAUUCCAGCCCAAUAAUUAGAUACCAUCAGAGCUUAAGUAUUCAGCAAAAGUUUAAACGAUGAUUUGAAUAUUUAAUUCGCAACUUUCUCACCAAGAAGUCAAAAAAAAGUUCAGCUAUAAACGAAAGCAGAAAAAGGUAUAUCUGAUGUAGGAUUUGAUUUGCUACUACUAAUGAGAGCUAUAUUAAAAUACUCUGAAUUCGUUUAAUAGAAUACAGAGAGCAAUAUUGGAUAAAAAUAUAAAAGAAGCAAAUCUGUAAACUAAAGAAAAGAUGAGUUUCCAGAAUCAAAAGUUAUGUAUUCAUCGAUAUUAAAAUCCGAAGAAAGCUAACAGCAAAAAAGAGAAAAGCUUUCCACUAUUGUUGAGUAGAACACACAUAUGGAAAAUUCCCUAGAGAGAAUUUAAAGAUUAGAGAAGCAAAGAAAAGCCUUAUUAUCUAAAACUCCUAAGCCUAUCAAAUUUACUGCAUAGUUCGACCCUGUAAAACUUGAAAUCAAUAGCAAGAUUUAUAAUGAUAACUUAAACUUCGAAAGAUAAGCAGACAAACAAAGAAAAGAAAUAGAGCAAACUAGAAGAAUGAUUGCCUAAAUGAAGGGUAAAGAAAAGUAGAUUAAGUGGAACUUGCUGAGAAAACAGAAAAUUGAAUAAAAGAUUGUUGAAAAGAGAGAUAUUUAGGAAUACAUUGAAUACUAGCAAGAACUAAGAUUGAAGUUCGUGGAAUUUAUAGCUGAUAGAAUAAGAAAAGAAAAGAAAUAUAUAAAUGAAAUGAAGAAGUAAAUUGUGGAAGAUAAUAGAUUUGUUAAAAUCAAGGAGGAUGCAGAGUAUAAGCUAAAACUGAUUGACGAAUUCAAGAAGACCAUUGAAGACUAUGAGUGGAAUGAAUACAUUAGAAAGUAUAUUCAAGAGAAAGAAAGCAAGACAAAACACACUGAUUUUAUGGAAAGUCUUGAAGGUGAGAAAUUCUACAAAUAACAAAUUUAUGCUGCCUAAAAAUUAAUUGAAAAUGAAGAGAGAAUGUUUGAAAAGAAGCAAAGCAUUAAUUACGAGCACUAAAAGGUACUAAGGGAGUAAUAACAGGCUCUGCAUGACUUAGAGAUUAUGGCUAAGUUUGCUAUUUGA